CCGGCGUUCUGCGCCCAAACGUGCCCUGGCUGUGCUCUCUCCGGUUCCAGAGGGGCCAGAGAUGAGCCCCAGGGCCGGCUCAAGUGUUUGGGCCGAAAGAGAGGGCCUCGAAAGACCAUCGGCGUCCCUCUUGGCUGCCUCCAAGGCAGCGAUGGUUCCCGCUGAAGUUUGGUCCCAUGUCCCCCGUCUGCCCAAUUUGGGCGCCUCCCAUCCACCAUCCAAGGUGGUGGAGACGACCAAGAAGGCCAAGCACGCGAAGAAGCCGAAGAAGACCAAGGAGCACAGCAAGAAAGCAACGCUAACCAAGGAAAAAGUCAACAGGAAGCGACCCCAUAUCGAAACCAGCGACGACGAUCGCAGUGCCCCUGAAACGCCAGCCGCAAACAAGCGCCGAAACUUGGGCCCCCCGGGUAGCACGCCUCAUACCCGUCGACUCACUCCCCUUUCUCGUCGGCUGACUACGAACGCCGCCCCCUACUCGGAGAGACUUCUACGCCGGAAAGUGGAAAGAGACGGACGGAUCCACAAGACCUUGUUCCGCGUCCCACAGCUUAUAGCCCAGAGAGAGGCUGACCGCCGGGCGGCGGAAAUGCUUCCACUGAACCGUUUCCCUGAAGUUUCCCAAGCAAGUAUCGCAUACGAAGCGGAACAGUCCGAGGCAGACUCCCAGCAUCCCGAGAACGAACCAGCGGCGCCCGAACCUCCGGCCACUCCCGAAAGGCAACAGGGUUGGAACAUCCGCGGAUUGCUCAGCUCCGUGCCUCGCACUUUCUCCCGCUUCAUACCAGGACUUGGUCGGUCCCCUGAGAGGCAAGAACCAGUACCACCCCAGCCGUCCUCUGAACGCAUAGUCCGUACCCUGCCCCUUGAGUCCGUUCCCUCUGUACCCAACCCCGAGGUUCAUUCUCGCCGUCGUCUGAGUGAGCAAUCGACGAGCGAAGGGCGGCCGGCGAAGCGGCCACGCAAUCUGUCUUACUCUCUUUUCCCGGCCCCCAUGGACAAAUCGCUUUAUCUUGGAGAUAUCCAAAAGACUCCUAAGACUACUCCAGCUCCACCUCAGCCAGAAGGACAGCCGGCGGAAAAGUCGGUAUCCCAAGAAUCAGUCCCCCAGGAAUCAGUUCCCAAGGAGUCAGUCCCCAAGGUGUCGGUGCCCCAGGAAUCGGUGCCCCAGGAAUCGGUGCCCACCACAUCAGGGCAUCAGGACCUUGAAAGAUCACCCCGGAAGGUCGACGAGACGACCAAAAAGAAGCGCAAGCGUUCACCUUCGCCAGAUGUCAUUCCAAAUCCAAAGGGGUGUAGCUACGGGAUGGACAUGGAUUACUUCUGUUACAGUUCUGACAGUGAAGAUGAGACAAACCCGACCUCUGAGCCGACAAUGCCUCAGACCGAACCAAGACAGUUGGGCAGACUAAGCAAAGGGAUCGUCCGCAAUGCCAUUGGUUCGGAACACCACCCUUCGAAAAAGGUCAGAUUCGACGCGAGCCCAGAAGACACACCUUCGAAACUUAGAUCGCGAGCUCGCGCGACUGAUCCUUACCGUGGAAAACAGUUUAUUGGUAUGAGCGGUGCAUCCGCCUCUCCCGAAGUGUCACCCACCCCUGCCUCUCACGUCGAUACCAUUCAUGAGCCACGACAACGUCCGGGCUUCAUCCCCAAUUUGCAGGGCACAUUCCAGCUUGAUUAUGAUACGUUUUCAGACGACAGUGAUUUGAGCGGGCCAAACUCUCCCAUGAGCCUCCCGGCCCCCAGUCCACUGUCAGCUGGACCCAGCCCCGUGAAGGCUAGUGGUCAGCCUGAAAGUGUGCAAUCCCCUGCUCGUCAAGCUCCUCGCCCAACACCCGCAGCUCCGUCGACUCCUGCAGGCCCGUCAACGCCCGCCAAAGUCGACGAAGAAGCUCUUGCAAGAGUCCGUUCUCGAGCAGAGAAAUACAAGCCCAAAACGCCCAGUGGUCUUCGUACCACCAGUCGUUAUUCGAGCCCUUUGACUGCCACCCCCGACGCCCUCGCCAACAGAGAAGAAGUUGUAGCCGAUGCGUUCGGAGACGAUGACUUCGCUCGUGACGCUAAAUGGCUCUUGGAAAAAUGUCCCUCUGGCGAUCUCCGAAAUCUUGUUUGGCCGCAAACACAAAGCCUGGUCGACAGCAUUGGCACCCAACCCGAAUCUCUCGAUGUUCUCUCCAGCAUCUGGGAUGAUGCCGAACUCGACAGAGCUUACCUUGUUUUCAACGCCAGCCUGAAGGCGUUCGAGGAAUCCAAGGCACGAAAUGUUGAAUGAGAUGCUGUGUUUUUUGUGUGGAAAGUUAGUUGCGUUAGUUGCGUCUGUCAUGUUCAUUCUGUGAUCUCCUUGUGUGCCAUCUUAUUUC